AUGCAGAAAGUCAGAAAAGAUCCCACCUACGCUGAGAAGAAACCCGUGAGAGUGUAUCUUGAUAUGUUGGCGGCACCCCUUGAAGCCGACAAUGGUAUAAUGCAAACACGUCCAAUUCUUAUUCCGGAAGAAAUGGAAGCCUCCAUCCGUGCUUCAAUUCGUCGGUCAGGAUAUCAGUCCCGUAGGCGUGUCAUAUCAAGGUGCAUAACUUCUGUCGAACAUUUUAUCAGCUGUUCCCUCUUAUCAGGAGCGGGAGUAUGGACGGACAGGUCAGUCACGAUGGAUCGAGUCCCUUUGGAGUACAGCACGCUUCGUGACGGUUCCAGCUUUUUGCAGCACCAUUCACAGGAUUUCAUAUCUAUUACUCCGUGGCAACGAUCCAGGUAA